GGCCCCGCCCCGUGCCCAUCCGCGCCUGUGGCUCCCUGCUGAUCUCUCCUGAGUCCGGCGGCCCCGGGUGUCGGCUUUCCGCCGCGGGCGGCCGGCGCUGCGCUCCCUCGCCUCCCCCCCUCGGCCCCUCCCUCGAUCGCUGUGGUCGGGUAGCUCCUGGCGGGCGGCCUGCGGGCGGGCCGCCCUCUCAGCCGUCGCCCACCCCCUCUUAAAGCCGCGGCGGGAAGAUGAGGUUUCGGGAACCGCUCCUGGGCGGCAGCGCCGCGAUGCCGGGCGCGACCCUACAGCGGGCCUGCCUCCUGCUCGUGGCCGUCUGCGCGCUGCACCUCGGCGUCACCCUGGUCUAUUACCUCUCGGGCCGCGACCUGAGCCGCCUGCCCCAGCUAGUGGGAGUUUCCUCUCCACUUCAGGGCGGCACGAGCGGCGCCGCCGCCAGCAAGCAGCCCUCGGGAGAGCUCCGGCCUUGGGGCGCGCGACCGCCGCCUCCUUUAGGAGUCUCCUCGAAGCCUCGGCCGGGUCCCGACACCAGCCCCGGUGCGGCUUUUGACCCCGGCCUGAAGAGCAACUUGACUUCGGUCCCAGUGCCCCCUACCACCGCGCUGUUGUCGCUACCCGCUUGCCCGGAGGAGUCCCCGCUGCUCGUUGGCCCCAUGGCGAUUGAAUUUAAUAUUAUUGUGGAUCUGGAGCUUUUGGCAAAGAAGAACCCAGAGAUAAAGAUGGGCGGUCGUUACUCCCCCAAGGACUGUGUUUCUCCUCACAAGGUGGCCAUCAUUAUCCCAUUCCGCAACCGGCAGGAGCACCUCAAAUACUGGCUGUAUUAUUUGCACCCGGUCCUACAGCGCCAGCAACUGGACUAUGGCAUCUACGUCAUCAACCAGGCUGGAGACACCAUGUUCAAUCGAGCUAAGCUCCUCAACAUUGGCUUUCAAGAGGCCUUGAAGGACUAUGACUACAACUGCUUUGUGUUCAGUGAUGUGGACCUCAUUCCGAUGGACGACCAUAAUGCCUACAGGUGUUUUUCACAGCCACGGCACAUUUCUGUUGCAAUGGACAAGUUUGGGUUUAGCCUGCCGUACGUUCAGUAUUUCGGAGGUGUCUCUGCUCUCAGUAAACAACAGUUUCUUGCCAUCAAUGGAUUUCCUAAUAAUUAUUGGGGCUGGGGAGGAGAAGACGAUGACAUUUUUAACAGAAUAGUCCAUAAAGGCAUGUCUGUAUCACGCCCAAACGCUGUAGUUGGAAGGUGUCGCAUGAUACGACACUCAAGAGACAAGAAAAAUGAGCCCAAUCCUCAGAGGUUUGACCGGAUUGCGCACACAAAGGAAACUAUGCGCUUUGAUGGUUUGAACUCACUUGCCUACAAGGUGUUGACAGUACAAAGAGACCCAUUAUAUACCAUAAUCACAGUGGACAUCGGGACACCAAGAUAGCAUUUUGGAACAAAUAAGAGACCUGAAAAUGGCCAGGGACCUCCGAUGUGUGUCUCUGCCAGUCGACUGGGCUGGUCCCUCUCAUUUGUACAGUCUGAAUGGUAGUUUUCCUUGCUAUCAUUCAGACACCUUUCCAGAUGUCCAAGGUGAAUGUAACAUUUGCCCCCAGCCUGGCUCGGCACUGGAUGAAAUUCUACAAGGUGUUUAUCAGUGUAAAAAUGGUCAGCCUUUGGAGGCUUCUUGGACAUGUCCAUCGUGUCGUCUCCAAAGAGGCAGAACUGUACACAGAUCAAAACCUAGUGACUGUGAGUCACAUUCCCACUGCUGAGACUGCUAGAUUAUGAAAUGGGUAAGAACUUUGCUUUAAUCAGUGAUGUCUAUACUUCAUGACAAAUUGGAGACUGCUGCUGGAUUCAGAUUGAUGUGAUAAUCUUGAAUUUUUAAUAUAAAAAAAUCAAAAUUUCAAUCAGUCUCAUGUUCUGUCCCUGUCUUCUGUCCUCUCAGUGUAUGCAACUAUUACAAUCACUGUGUGUGUGUGCUUUCUUAGCAAAAGAAUUUUAAAACUUGAGCCUGGAGCUUGGUACUCUGUUAGUGUGUGGAUUCCAAGGCUUGCACUCAGAGCAGGAGCUUGGGUACUCUCACUCACAUGACCUGUCUCCAGAUCCCUGUCUGAUUUCUGAAUGUAAAGUUUUGUUUUGGGGGGGUUGUUUAUUUGUUUGUUUUUUAAGAAGCAGUUUGUAGUGUUUUAAAGAAUAAAUCGAGUGCUUCUAAUUA